AUGCAACUUUUAUACACGCUAUUGACCCUUCUCCUGUAUGCUUUUAUGGCACAUGGAUUAGCAAACCAAGGUGCCGGUGGAGGUGCUGGAGGUGAUGCCAAGACGAGCUCAAACACCAUAGUCUGGAUCACUACAACCAUCAAUGGAAAAUUAACGACUGCUUCUACGACUUUUAGUCAAACGUUCAUGUCCACGUACACGGAUGCACAAAGUGACGCGGUUGAAAGUGGAAAUAUCGGCAUGGGCUCGUUGAGUGGAUCAGUUGGGGGUGUGAGGUCUUAUGAUAAAACCACUAUAUCGAGUGGCGGUGCCGAUGCUGCUGCACCUGCCGCUUGUAUGACGCAUGGUAUAUAUGCAGGAUUUGCAGGAGGGAUCGCUACUAUGUCUGAAGAACUUGCUCAAAAAACUGAAGAUUUGUCCUUGGAUUCAAAACAACAAUCAGACAAGACUGUCUUCGACUCGAAAGAUGAGUUUACUGCUAAGCAUCCAUUGAACAGCAGAUGGACCUUGUGGUACACUAAGCCUCAAACCAGCAAGACGGAGAAUUGGCAUGAUUUAUUGAAACCAGUCAUAACCUUCUCAUCAGUAGAGGAAUUUUGGGGAAUUUACAACUCCAUCCCACCAGCAAAUCAAUUACCUUUGAAAUCAGAUUACCAUUUGUUUAAGGAAGGUGUCAGACCAGAAUGGGAAGAUGAAGCCAAUGCAAAGGGAGGAAAAUGGCAAUAUUCUUUCCGUAAAGGUGAAGCCACUCCUAUCAUUAAUGACUUGUGGUUGCGUGGUUUGUUAGCCGUUAUUGGUGAAACUAUAGAGGAUGAUGAGAAUGAGGUUAACGGAAUUGUCAUCAACAUUAGAAAACAAGUUUACAGGAUCGGUAUUUGGACUAAAGAUUGCGAUGAGUCAAAAUUGAAGACUGUGGGUGAAAGGUUGAAGAAGAUUUUGAGAUUAAGCGAUGAUCAGAAAGUUGAAUUCAUUUCUCACGAUGCGUCCAACAUUAGAGGUGCAGAGGCUCAAAUUGUAUUGUAG